UUCUUGGGAUCAGAAGAAUCUGAGGAAGAAACUGAGCAGUCAAUUUCUGGAACUUCAACCCUUUCACAGAGAAAUCGACGAUUUGCUGAUGUUAAACCGCCAUAUUCCUACAUAGCUCUGAUUACCAUGGCUGUUGAAUCAUCUCCUCAUGGAAUGAUGACCCUCAACGAAAUAUAUGCCUUCAUCAUGAACAGAUUCCCUUACUUCAAGCAGAACCAACAAAGGUGGCAAAACUCAAUCAGACACAACCUGUCACUGAAUGACUGUUUCAUUAAAGUUCCCAGAGGACCCGGGCGACCAGGAAAAGGUAAUUAUUGGUCUCUUCACCCAUCUUGUGGUGAUAUGUUCGGAAAUGGUAGCUUCCUCCGAAGAGCUAAACGCUUCAAGUUACCCAAAGCUAAACGUCACGAAAACGCAGCUCUACAAGCCAUGAACGCCUACGCACCAUUUGGAUUUUACGGUAAUCCAUCGUUGAAUCCCCUGGGAUUGACAUCCUUGCCACAAGGUCUUACUCAGCAUCAACAAUACGGCUUCCAGAUGAAAGAGCCAUGGAAUCCAACACCAAGUUCUUCCUAUUCAGCAUACUAUCCAUCUACUAGUAUGUCAAGUACUCUUGGCUCCAGUUUAGGAAACACGUUGGGUUCGUCACUAGGAAAUACUUUAUCAGGAUCUUAUUUACCUAUGUCUCAAGUUUCAGCCGUACCCAGCUCCGGUUCAUCUUUAUCCAAUUAUCCCGCACUUCAGCAACCCGCUUAUAACUGCUCACAGUAUUCGUCCCAUCCGCAAUUAAGAUUUCAGUCUCCACAGUGUUAA